AUGGCUCGCUCUCGGUCGCGCUCUGGCUCGACGAGGCCUUACGAGUCUACGCUGAAAUCAAUAAAAGGCGUCUCCAACCCAAAGGCAGCUGCACUGAGUCCACCUCGUAGACGCGUUACCAGGAGCCAGAGCCGUGAUCCUGAUAACUCGGACCUGGAGAAUGGCCUGGGCACCGGUCGGCCCUCGUUGAAUGGUCCGAGAUGGAAACAAAACAUGGGCAGAAGCGGAAAGGGUCUCGAUGCUGUUGUGGAAGAAUCUCCCAUCAGAUCGCCAGCCAAAUCGCCUCGCAAGAGUGGUACUCGUCGCGAAAGUCAUGCUGCGCUGGACUCGCCCGAAGAUGCUGCCAACAUCUCCGGCACCACCAUUCUCCCUUCGGAGCCGGACACUAACCUUGAUCCCGAGAUGAUGCUCGAGUCUCUGCCGGACCUGGAACGUACCGCGCGAGACGUCUUGAAACUGCUUGUUCCUGCAUCUACGGACCCGGUCAGCAUCGUCAAUCUAGCAGCGAAGCUGGCGGAUCCCAAGAACACGCAGAGCAGGCGUCUUUCGCGCUCAAAGUCUAAGUUUGAGACCGAAGCCAGCUACUUUGGUAGCCACUCAUAUAUAGACACCGAAACGGUCAGCGAGGCGAUCUAUUCGGCCUUGGAAAAUAAGCGCGAUGGACUCGCCAAUGAUUGGACCCCUGAUCUCAGUGUGCAAAAGGCAAACUGCGCGCGGUUUGCCAUCGAGGUGCUCCUGGCCCGAGCUGAGACAGACGCUCCAAGACAGGCCAUUCAACAUGUUGAAGGCGUGUUUCCGUCUGUCUUUAUGAACAACGUUGUUCAUGACGGUCAGCGAACGACAGUGGGUGAAAGCUCCCUUGGGAAAGACACUUUCAAUCUUGCUUUGGAAAUCAGGACGCAGUAUCUGAUUGCAUCAAUGGAGGACCAACAGAAUGACCCUGGUUUUGAUCCUGAUGCCAUUCUUAAAUCGGCAUUCUUCGUGGAUGAAAUUGACGAAGACGUUUACGAUAGCAGCGAGGCGCCACUCCGAGGCUUCAGCUUGGACAACCUUGGUGGUGCAGACGGAUAUCUUCCUUCGCGCUAUAGAGACGCUGCUUAUGAUCGUUUCAACGAAAUGCGAGUCGUGAUAUCGGACGGGCUGGAUGAGUUGAAGAGCGCAUUCCGAUGGUCAAGAUUCGCCUUGAAAGCUGCCCAAUGGCUUCGCAAACGCAACGAUGAGAUUGACAAACAACUGAACAGACAGCGGCAGGCGGACGACCUGAAGGAUGAGUAUUUUGCGACUCCCAAAACGGGAUCCAAGAUGGGCAGUGUAGCUCCUCGCUCCGAAGCAACGCUGAGUCCUGCAGGAAGAGCAAGCGCGAGACCCUCUUCUGUUGCUGCUGAAAAUCAAAGAAGAAUGGCUGCUCGAGGCUCGCCUUUUGCGGCAACUCCAACUAGAUUAAGAAUAUCAAGCACUCUACGAGAAUUGGCACCCCCUGGCGGUUCGGGCAUGCAAGGGCCGCUUUUCACAAAGCCCCCCAUGCCAUCGAGAACAUCGGACGUUCAACCCGGACCUGAUGACCCGGAAACAUCGAAUGAUCAAGGAUCGCCGACCGAGGAAGCUCCCAUCCAUGAUGGUGCUCCGAAACCCUCAAGCAAUGAGAAAGAGCCUAGCCAUGAGAAAGAACCUAGCACUGAGAAAGAGCCAAGGACUGCUCCUGAAAACCGAGAGCGGCGUAAAUCAAAACCCUCUUUUCUGAAUGCGUCCUCCAUCGACCGCAUAAUGCAAAGACAGAGGCGGCGGUCUGACUUCGUGCAACCUUCACCACAGGCCGAAGGUGACACUCUCGUAUCCGAAGAUCAAAGCAACGCGUUGCCCGCCGCCUCCCAAUCUAGAACUGCAGGUCCAGUAGUACCUGCACCGCCAGUGGAGCCUGCCGAUAUGCCAGACCCCCAUAUGGACAGUCCUCUUUUCGUGCCCCAAGACGGGGAAUCGCUGACAAUCAAUGAUACUGGUUUCACUCUCGAUGGAGAUAACUCGAGAAUUCAGAUUGAGCGAUCCCACAGUCCUCCUGUCGGGAAUAGGAUCAGCCACGGGCCAGGGCGUCAACGGACGGACUCUAUAGCAAGCAUCCCUGUGAAUCCAUCCUCAACUCUUCCUUCCGAUCAGGAGUUAUGGCAAGCGACCCAAAAACACGUCGCUUCUAGUUCCCAGGCAACAAAGGAUAAACAUCCUCGGGCGACUUUUAUCGAUCAUCAGGAGAACGCCCACCGAGUCUCGCCAAUUAGCCACGGAGUAAGCGCACGCAGCGCCCAAAGAGCACAACCUGCGCCUCAACCAUCCAACAAGCGACGACGCGAAGAGUCGGACGAUCUGGAGGGAAAUGAAGAAAGUGGGAAUGACUUCGUGAGGGACGCACGCACGGUUGAUAUCUCUCGCAAACGCGCAGAAAAGCCAGCACAGCCCACGAACAAGCGUCAGAGAACCACGACAGAUGACAAUACGCGAGCCGCGUCUGAGAUGCCAGGGGAAAACCAAGAGGCCAGACGAGGGUCGCCAACCAUUCCGUAUCGCUCUUCACAGCCCUCCUCUACCAAUCAGUCACAUGUGCGCUCGCGCUGGCAACCGGCCGAAGACGAACGGUUGCUCCGCCUCAUCUCGGACCACGACUGUAAGUGGGCAUUGAUAGAACAAGAAAACGAGGCGCAGCCCGAGAAACCAGGCGAGAAGAUAAUCGAGGGCCGAAACCAGGUUCAGCUGAAGGAUCGGGCGCGGAACUUGAAGAUCAAAUAUCUCCGGGCUCGACAACCCCUCCCAAAGAACUUGGAAAAAGUAACUAUGAAACAAAAGGACAAGGCUAGGCUCGAAAACAUGGGCAUUAUCGUUCCGGACAACUAA